AUGUCGAAUAAUAACCAUAAAACUGAACUAACCACUCUCGUUAAUGAACUAAUGACCGAUAUUUACUCGAAGCGACUCCAUCCAAGAAAUAAGCUUCUCGUGUACAGUUGUUAUAUCUUAGCCAAAAUAUCUUGGUAUUUCACUAUCGCAACACUUUCUAAAACAUGGGUUAUUGAAAAUAUUGAUCCCAUUGUCAACCAAUACAUCCGUAAAUGGCUUGAAAUUCCAAUAUCAAGAACACUAAGUGCUGUUUUUCUAACUUGUAACAAAUUUGGUCAAAUUAUUUAUUCUCCAUCG